UCGCCCGCCCGCCCGCUCGCUCGUUCCUCGCGCGGGCACUGGGCAUGCGCGGCGCGCGGUUGGCACUGGCUGCGAGCGGGCGGGCGGCUCCAGACUUCACAGGCAGCUAGCGAGGCGGUCUCGCCCGGCGCGAGGCCGGCGCUGUGCUCGCCUCGGAGAUCGCUGCUCUUCAGCUGGGUGCGGAAGGCGGCUCCGCGGCUCGCGGACGACUGGCUGGGCGCGAAUCAGAUUGGGGGGCUUUCUCCCGGUCCCCUCCCACCUCUUCUGGGCUCGCGGCGUCUCCGGGGAAAGCCGUGGCCCCGAGGGCGGAUCCGAGAACACACAAGUGAAAGACACAAUGAAUGGUCAUAUUUCUAAUCAUCCCAGUAGUUUUGGAAUGUACCCAUCUCAGAUGAAUGGCUACGGAUCAUCACCUACCUUUUCCCAGAUGGACAGAGAACAUGGUUCAAAAACAAGUGCAAAGGCCCUUUAUGAACAAAGGAAGAAUUAUGCACGGGACAGUGUCAGCAGUGUGUCAGAUAUAUCUCAAUACCGUGUUGAACACUUGACUACCUUUGUCCUGGAUCGGAAAGAUGCUAUGAUCACUGUUGAUGAUGGAAUAAGGAAAUUGAAAUUGCUUGAUGCCAAGGGCAAAGUGUGGACUCAAGAUAUGAUUCUUCAAGUGGAUGACAGAGCUGUGAGCCUGAUUGAUUUAGAAUCAAAGAAUGAACUGGAGAAUUUUCCUUUAAACACAAUCCAGCACUGCCAAGCUGUGAUGCAUUCAUGCAGCUAUGAUUCAGUUCUUGCCCUGGUGUGCAAAGAGCCAACCCAGAACAAGCCAGAUCUUCAUCUUUUCCAGUGUGAUGAGGUUAAGGCAAACCUAAUUAGUGAAGAUAUUGAAAGUGCAAUCAGUGACAGUAAAGGAGGGAAACAGAAGAGGCGGCCCGAUGCCCUGAGGAUGAUUUCCAACGCAGACCCUAGUAUACCGCCUCCACCCAGAGCUCCUGCCCCUGCGCCCCCUGGGACCGUCACCCAGGUGGAUGUUAGAAGUCGAGUGGCAGCCUGGUCUGCAUGGGCAGCCGACCAAGGGGACUUUGAGAAACCAAGGCAGUAUCAUGAGCAGGAAGAAACACCUGAGAUGAUGGCAGCCCGCAUUGACAGAGAUGUGCAAAUCUUAAACCACAUUUUGGAUGACAUUGAAUUUUUUAUCACAAAACUCCAAAAAGCAGCAGAAGCAUUUUCUGAGCUUUCUAAAAGGAAGAAAAACAAGAAAGGUAAAAGGAAAGGACCAGGAGAGGGUGUUUUAACGCUGCGGGCAAAACCUCCACCUCCUGAUGAAUUUCUUGACUGUUUCCAAAAGUUUAAACAUGGAUUUAACCUUCUGGCCAAACUGAAGUCUCAUAUUCAGAAUCCUAGUGCUGCAGAUUUGGUUCACUUUUUGUUUACUCCAUUAAAUAUGGUGGUGCAGGCAACAGGAGGUCCUGAACUAGCCAGUUCAGUACUUAGUCCCCUAUUGAAUAAGGACACAAUUGAUUUCUUAAAUUAUACUGUCAAUGGUGAUGAACGGCAGCUGUGGAUGUCAUUGGGAGGAACUUGGAUGAAAGCCAGAGCAGAGUGGCCAAAAGAACAGUUUAUUCCACCGUAUGUUCCACGAUUCCGCAAUGGCUGGGAGCCCCCAAUGCUGAACUUUAUGGGAGCAACAAUGGAACAAGAUCUUUAUCAACUGGCAGAAUCUGUGGCAAAUGUAGCAGAACAUCAGCGCAAACAGGAAAUAAAAAGAUUAUCCACAGAGCAUUCCAGUGUAUCAGAGUAUCAUCCAGCCGAUGGCUAUGCGUUCAGUAGCAACAUUUACACAAGAGGAUCCCACCUGGACCAAGGGGAAGCUGCUGUUGCUUUUAAGCCAACUUCUAAUCGCCAUAUAGAUAGAAAUUAUGAACCACUCAAAACACAACCCAAGAAAUAUGCCAAAUCCAAGUAUGACUUUGUAGCAAGGAACAACAGUGAGCUCUCGGUUCUAAAGGAUGAUAUUUUAGAGAUACUUGAUGAUCGGAAGCAAUGGUGGAAAGUUCGAAAUGCAAGUGGAGACUCUGGAUUUGUGCCAAAUAACAUUUUGGAUAUUGUGAGACCUCCAGAAUCUGGAUUGGGGCGUGCCGAUCCACCUUAUACUCAUACUAUACAGAAACAAAGGAUGGAGUAUGGCCCAAGACCAGCUGAUACUCCCCCUGCUCCAUCACCUCCUCCAACACCAGCUCCUGUUCCUGUCCCCCUUCCCCCUUCCACUCCAGCACCUGUUCCUGUGUCAAAGGUCCCAGCAAAUAUAACACGUCAAAACAGCAGCUCCAGUGACAGUGGUGGCAGUAUCGUGCGAGACAGCCAGAGACACAAACAACUUCCGGUGGACCGAAGGAAAUCUCAGAUGGAGGAAGUGCAGGAUGAACUCAUCCACAGACUGACCAUUGGUCGGAGUGCCGCUCAGAAGAAAUUCCAUGUGCCACGGCAGAACGUGCCAGUUAUCAAUAUCACUUACGACUCCACACCAGAGGAUGUGAAGACGUGGUUACAGUCGAAGGGAUUCAACCCUGUGACUGUCAAUAGUCUUGGAGUAUUAAAUGGUGCACAACUUUUCUCUCUCAAUAAGGAUGAACUGAGGACAGUCUGCCCUGAAGGGGCGAGAGUCUAUAGCCAAAUCACUGUACAAAAAGCUGCAUUAGAGGAUAGCAGUGGCAGCUCCGAGUUACAAGAAAUUAUGAGAAGACGACAGGAAAAAAUCAGUGCUGCUGCUAGUGAUUCAGGAGUGGAAUCUUUUGAUGAAGGAAGCAGUCACUAAUUUGUUUGUUUGUAUUUAAACUCCAUUGUUUUUGGCAUUAUUCCAACAUGCUUUGUUUUAAGAAGCCUUGAAGGGAAUGUCAGAUUCAUUUUUCUUGAUGUAAUUUAUCACCAUAAAAAAAAAACCCAUGCAAACCUGAGUGAGCACAGGAUUUGCUUCUAGGCCCAUUAUUUGUAUUAAAACUGAAAAAAUUUAAACUGAAUUUUUUGACCUUGGAAAAUAUUUUUCUUACUUUACCAAGGUGAAGUUUCCUUAAUUAGACUAAUUAUUUUAUCCCCAUCCCAGGGUAUAAACAGGAAUUGUUUUGAUAGUGGUGGAGUUAUUCACUGCAACAAAGCAACAAUGUUGUCCAUGAUUCAAAAUCUAAGCAGUUUCGAUUUUGCCUGUGAAUAUGGUGUCUGUCAUUCAGGGCAUAGCUCACUGUAGGCUAGCCUCUGCUUACUUAGGUCUCUUCUCUGACAUACUCAAUGGAAGAAUAUUUAGAUUUAUUUAAAGUUCUUAAUGCCAACAGUUUAAAAAAAUUAAAACAUUUGAAUGAACUGUAAAGUACAGCCAUACGUUGGACAUGCAAAUAUAAAUCUAUGGAGCAUUCUCAAGACAGUUUGUCAUGGCUCUGUUGAUUGCAACUCCUUGUAUAGCUUGUAUUUUGAUUUAGUUUAUAUUCUGCUUAUUAUGUAUACUGUGUUCUUAUAUAUGAGAAAGCACAAAUGGGAAAGAGGUCAUGUCUUCUCAAAAUCUAGCAAAGGAAGUAGUCUGCAUUGGUGUGCAUUGCAGUAUUUUGCUUAAUGAAAGCCUCAGUUCUGAAUGUUGAUAUGAGUAGUUAAAAGGAAGUGGGGCCAUUUUAUGUGUUUAUCUGUGUCAAGUAUUUCUGGUAAUAAGAAGCACUUAAUUUACACAUAUUUUAAUCCUGUGAAAGAUUCCACAUAGAGAAAAGAAAGAUACCUAACCUUCAACAAAUGUUAUUUUUGGAAACACAAUUUUUGUCAUUAAAUGUUAUAUUAUUUCACAUAUAUAAAACAGAUGUUAUGUAAGAAUGUUGUAUAUUUUAACAUAAAUCAUUUAGAGAAAUUAUCUAGAUUCAUUAAUUUUCAUAGUGCCUUUUCACAUGAGUCAGCUGGAAAGUCUGCAAUAAACAGUAUUUGCUGUCUGUUAAUAAA